ACGUGUGCAGCAAGCUGAGCCCGGUCAUGCUAGCCCUACUCAAGAGUAGACCCGUUGAAAUGACGGGGCACGGCUUGCCUCGGGGGCCAUGGACUUCGCUGGGGCUGCUGUCAGUUGGGUGCAGCGCUUAGGAGAGGUUAUGUUCCCGGCUGAGGGCGGCAGGACCUCCUAUAGCUCGCUAUGGUGUCUCCUCAGAAGUAAGGACUAGUGGGACUUGCUCCCAAGUAAGUGCUGCAGAUUGUGAAGCCAUCAUCAUCGUUAUUUUUUUUAUUAUGUAUGGUGUCUCCUCAGAAGGACUAGUGGGACUUGCUCCCAGAUUCUGAUUGGCCUGCAGAGCUUCGAGGUGCAAAUGGUCCUCAAAAAUUAAUGAACAUUACAACUUCAUUUGCAAACCAGCUCCUGCUCGUUUCUCUGCUAGAGCAUCUUUGCCAUGUGUAUGCACAAAAUCCAGCACGUUCAAGACGUUUGUUUCAAUUACUGUGCAAGACAUUUACUGGAAUGCACUUGCUAUCUGAUUUUGCUGUCCGUGAAGAAUUCAGUAGUUUGCGCUUGCAGCACAAUCGAGCCAUUACUGAAUUGAUGAAAGCAGCCAACAAACAAAUACUCAAUGAGGAGUUCGGGAAGAGUGAUUCUUACACAAACAGGGAAAAUGAAAUUAUCUUUGAAGCACAGACUUCUCGCUAUAUCAAUGAAUUUGAUGAGAUUACAAGGCUAGGAAAAGGAGGGUACGGCACUGUGUACAAGGUCCGAAACAAGCUAGAUGGUCAGUUCUACGCAAUUAAGAAAAUUCUUAUCAAGAAGGCUACCAAAAUAGAUUGCAUGAAGGUGUUGCGGGAAGUUAAAGUGUUGGCUGGGUUGCAACACCCUAAUAUUGUGGGAUAUCACACUGCUUGGAUGGAGCAUGUUCAACCAGCAAGCCCAAAAGGCGAGACAACUUUGAAUUUACCAUCCCUCAAAAUCAAAAUGUCUUCUGGGCAGAGAAGUUCCGAAGAUCAGUACAGCAUUCAAGAUAUGGAAGACAGCAGUUCCAUUGUCUUUGCUGAAUCUUCUGGUGGCAGAGACCGUAAAGGAAAUAAAAUGGAUGCAUGUGCGCUACCAGUUGAAUUUCCUGAGAGCAGCUGCACGAAUAACACAGUCGAUGGAUCAAGAGAUAAUGAAAAUCAUCCAUCAAUUGUAUCUCCUUGCAAUCAUGAUAGCCUUGGCAGUGUUAGUACAAAUGAUUCUUGCGCUGAUGAAGAAUACUCCCAGAAGGGGAUAUCUUUGCGGCAUCAGUGUCAGAUAGAGUAUCACCUAAUGCUUCACAUACAGAUGCAACUGUGUGAAAUUUCAUUGUGGGACUGGAUUGCUGACAGAAACACAGUAUGUUUGAAAUCAGAGGAUGCGUCCAGUCCUUAUCACCAUGUAGACAACCAGUGGACGUUAAAAAUCUUCCAAGAACUACUUGAAGGCGUCUAUUAUAUCCACAGUAUGGGAGUCAUGCACAGGGACAUUAAACCCAGAAACAUAUUUCUACAAGGACCUGACCACCAUGUGAAAAUAGGAGAUUUUGGACUGGCCUGUAGAGAUAUUAUACAAGAAGAUACAACCCAGUUGCUAAAUGCAAAUAAGAUAAAUGGUCUAAUACAUACUUCUGGGGUAGGUACUUGCCUGUAUGCCUCACCUGAACAGCUACAAGGCUCUCACUAUGACUUCAAGUCAGAUAUGUACAGUUUAGGUGUGAUCCUGUUAGAACUCUUCCAUCCAUUUGGAACAGAAAUGGAAAGAACUGAAGUUUUGAUGGGCUUAAGAAAUGGCGACAUCCCCCUCUCCUUUAGCAGGAAAUGGCCUAUACAAACUAAAUACAUUAAGCUGCUUACCAGUUCGGUAUCAUCACACAGACCAACUGCAGGUCAACUUCUUGAAAGUGAACUCUUCCAUAAUUCAGCAAAUGUUAUUUACAAUCUUCAGCAGAAAGUGAUGCAACAGGAAGAAGAAAUCAAGUUGCUUAAAGAAAAAAUCAGGCUAUUGCAAGAGAAAGGAGAGAGAGACAGAAUUCAGCAACUUGGCUCUCCUGUUUAAGUAGAAAAACAAAACAAAGUAUUUAUAUCAUGUUAUGCAAGAUAAAUGAUUUUUAUAUAAAAUUGCUUAAAGCAGCUUGUGUACAUUUGUCGUAUGUAGUUUGCCAUUGUCACAAAGAAGAAAUGCAGAGGUAGGCGUCAUGUACAUAAAUGAAUGGGUUGACAGUACAGUGGUACCUCUGUGUACAAACUUAAUUCAUUCCGGAGGUCCGUUCUUAACCUGAGGUACCACUUUAGCUAAUGGGGCCUCCCGCUGCCGCACGAUUUCUGUUCUCAUCCUGGAGCAAAGUUCUUAACCCAAGGUACUACUUCCGGGUUAGCGGAGUCUGUAACCUGAAGUGUUUGUA